CCUUCGCUUCUCAACGCUCUUUACUUUCCACUAGGCCGGGCCUCUUGCAAGAAUAUAGUAUUUUAUACGGAUAAUAGGGAUCUUCUUCGUGUCUUAUCGGCAUCAAAUCUACGGUCGUUAUAUACAGCCUACCAUUCAAGAUGAAGUUCACGACUAGUGCUGCUGUGCUGGUGAUGGUGGGUGCGGCAUCUGCCCGUCCAGACGCCGUGCGAUCUUCGCGCAAGGCCCGGAGCUCGGCUAAGUUCCGCCGUGAAGUACCUCAGGAACACUCGCACGAGCAAUUCUUGACCGGGGUCGGGGAGGCUCUUAAUUUGAAUAAUGUCGAAAACAUCCAGGACCCCGUCUUUGCCCUCCUUGGAAAUGCUGCUGCUGCCGAAGGUGCUGGAGAUGUCGAAGACUUGGACUGCCUACAACAGCACGUCGCUGAUCAGGCUUUCACGAAUGCCAAAGCGGCCGGCGACAUUGAAGGCAUGACAAAUGCUCUCAUCUUCCGUGCACUAGAACGAAACACCGGUUCUGUUGGCCUGGCCUCAGUUCUCUGCACCGAGACCGCCGUCAACCCCGAGAUCGCCGCCCUUCAACAACACCAGGACCCAGCCUCUGACGGCGCGGCUGAUCUAAACAAGCAAAUCACGCUCGACCUAGCCGUUCAACUAGCCGCUAUUGGCGCCGACCCUCAGCUUGCUCUCAAGUCUGGCACGUUCGAGCCCGGUGAUGUCAAUGAUAACACUGGUGCGGGCAACACUUGUGAUGAUGCCGAUGACCCGACUGGCUGCAUCUUCACACAAAACCUCAUUGUCGAGGAUGCCACGCCCGAUGAGAUCGAUGCUGCUGUUGCAGCAGCUGGCGGCUCUGCUAAUGGCGAUGCCGGCGCUGGCGAUGCUGUUGAUGUUGGUGGUGGCGCUAAUGCAGGCAAUGAGUGUAUCGACCCUAAUGCUGGUAUUGCGCCUGGUAACGCUCCUGCCCCUUCCCCUGCUCCUGCUCCUGCUCCCGGUCCUGCCCCUGCCCCCGGCCCUGCAGGAAAUGUGAACGUUUUCACAGGUAACAUCGGUGCCGGCCCUAUCCCCAUCGAGAACGACCCCAACAGCGAACGGCCCUUCACCGUCAACGGUGACACAUUCCUCAAUGCCGGUGCCGCCGUUCAGCGCGCCUGCGACGUGCAGAAGAACCAAUGCGCCAACCAAGGAAACAGCGGAGCCGCUGACAUCAGUGUCGCCGACUGCGAUGCGCAGCAAAAGGAAUGCCUGCAAGCCAAUGCGAAUGUCGCGAAGCGCGGCAUCUCCGGGCUCCGAGCCCGCCAGGCCAUUAGUCGCGCUUAAUCCCUUUAUUAUUUUCCCACUGGGGCUCCGUACUUAUCAGCAUCAUUGCUGAGCUCACAUACACUCCAGAUAUCGAUGCGGAGACUUGGACAUGGUCUAAUGUCACCUAUCCGAUUCCGUGAAGGUGACAGGU